AUGGCACCCAAGAAACAUUUCAAAGUUCACUCUUUGAACAAGCACAUUGAGGACACGAAAAAGGGCCUCAGUGCUGAAGCUCAGUACAACAAACGACCCAUCCCCAAGUCGAAAGUUUCGAUCAAGAAGGAACCCGGCGCUAUCGACAAGGCCAUUUUCGGCAACGAGUCUGAAGACGACGAGAGUGGUAGUAGCAGCAGUGAGAGUAGUGAUGAAGACGGCCCCGACUUUUUGCAGAAGCUUCAAGUUUCAAAAACAUCCAACACUGCAACUCCCAAGAAGCCCGCCAAGAGAGACGAAAUAGCCGACAGCGACGAUGAGCGCCGGUCGACCGCCAAGAAUGUCACGUCUGCCAAAUCAAAGCGACCUGUACAAUCUGGUGCGCCUUCAUCGGAUGACACUAGCAGUGAAUCCGAGUCCGAAUCAGGAUCUGGGGCUGAGUUGAAGUCAGUCAAAGGUGAACAGAAAGUGAGAGCAAACGGAGGGCCAUUGAAAACUGAGGCUCCAUCCAGCUCUGGCUCCACCUCUGGUUCUGAUGAGGAAGAGGAAGAAGGAGAUGAAAGCAGUAGUGACGAUGAGCCAGAUAAGAAGGCCACUGCGACAAAAGUCAAAGGCUCGACCUCAUCGGACCAAGAGUCUAGCGAUAGCGCCAGUGACGACGAAAGUGACGACGAAGGUGAGCCAGCGGCUUCAAAAAAGCCCAAGGCAGCGAUAACGUCGACCAAUGGCACUUCCACAGCCACCACUUCGGAGACAAGCUCCAGCGAUGAGGGUACUGAUGAUGAGGAUCAGACGGCCGUCCAAGCAAAACCAGUCGCUACGAGGAAAUCAGUUCCCGAAGAGCCAUCAGAUGAUGCAUCCGAAGACUCGAGCGAAGAAGACGCAGACGUGUCUAUGCACAUUGCUGAUCGUCAACAUGAUCCUCGGGCCACUGUCCCAGACUUUAUCGCCCCAGAUUUUAUUCUUCGCAAGAGUGACGGUGGGACCAACGGACAGGACGUUGCUCGUAUUUGCAACCAGGCCAAUCUGCAAGGGAAACAAGUCUGGUACUUUACGGUGCCAGCUAACGUACCCAUCUCAGUUGUGCAGAAUAUGGAGAUUCCUAUGAACCAAUCUCAAAGCGGCGACAGCGUCUUCUCACAUGAUGGCGAAGACUAUGGCAUUUCUAUGGACAGUAUGACUCCAAAGAGCUCGAUUCAAAUUCUAAUACCCUCUUCUGACGGAACGCGAUAUCAAUCCGGUAAGGCUUCCCUAGCACGCUCUUGUCCUAUCUCAACUUAA